GUAUAUGUAUAUAUAUAUAUAUACCUUAACAUAUUUUAUAUAUACAUACAUAUAUGCAUAUCUAUUUCACCUACUGUACCUACUUCAUUAUGUAAGCAGCGGGAUUUCUACGACGAACAAAAACCAAAGCAAUGCAAAAAAAAAACGACAAAUCAAAAAUAUAAUAUAACCAAAGCAAAACAACGAAAUUGAACAGAAAUGUUAUAAAUCAUUAAUAAUUGUAAUUGUAAUGUUAACCGUUAACCAAAAACCACGCCCACGCUGAAACUAUUAUUCUACGCUUAUUUUUAACCGGAAACGCAAUAAUAUGUCGUCUGUUGUGGAAACGCCGAUUAUAAAUCUAGCUGAUGAUCUCGAAGAUGGUGAGAUCGAUGAUGAUGAUGAGGAAGAAGAGGAGCAGCAACAACAACAAACACAACAAAAACAGCAGCAAAAACAACCACAACAACAAAACAAGUUAAAUACAUUGGCAACUGGCGGAUCGGUUGAUGAUAUACAAUUUGUGGGCAUUGAGAAAUUGCCGUCCAAUCAUGAUGAUGAUGUUGUAUUUCUUGGCCUGGCCAAUGAAACCACAACAACAACAACAGCAGCGGCUAUUGCCAACAAAUCGAAAAAGCCACGCCCCCUUGAAGAUGAUCAUGCUGUAAGCAUUGAAAAUGCCAUUGCCAAGGUCCUUAAAAAAAGCGGCAUUGAGCCGCCAAUGCCUAAAAUCAACAACAACAACAGCAGCAGCAACAUCAACAAUAGCAACAGCAGCAACAAUGUUGCUAACAGCAGCAACAUCAACAACAGCGACGCCGACGUCAGCAGCUCUGGCAAUGUUGCUGCUGCUGACGCUGACAGCGCUGCCAACGCUGCUGGCAAUGAUGCUGCGUUGCUGCAGCAACAACAACAACAUCCGCCAAGUCGCAGCAGCCGUCGACGCAAGCGCAAAAAGGAACGAGAACGUGAGCAGAAAAAGGACAAAGACUAUCAGAAACGCGCACGUCGUGACUCAAUGGAUGAGGGCGGCGGCGGUGCGGGCAGCGAUGAAAUGGACAUGGAUGAGUACGAGAUGAUGAAUGUGAGGGGCGGCAGUCCACCGCCAGGUGGCGCCACAGCCACAACCAAUGCGUCCGCACGCUACACCAGUGAUUGGCCCGAAAUGGGCGAUGCCGGUGGCUAUGAAUCACCUCCCGAUAACUACAGCAGCUACGAUUCCUAUACGGAUGAGGAGCCGGCGAAUGUUGUGUCCGGCGGAAUGCCUGGACCGGGACAACGACGUCGCCAGCGAAGGGAACGCGAGAAGGAGGCACGCGGCGGAGGCCGUAAGCGAAGGGAAAGGGAACGUGAAAGGGAAAGGGAACGGGAACGUGAAAUGGACAGACGACACGAUGGCGGCGGAGGAGGAGGAGGAAACGCUGGCGGCGGCAACAAGCGUAAUCGUCGUGAUUCCGGUGAUGAUAAAUGCCGUGAACCACGCAAAUUGGAAUUGUGCAAGUUUUAUUUAAAGGAUUGCUGUGCGAAGCGUGACAAAUGCAGUUAUAUGCACAAGGAAUUCCCCUGUAAAUAUUAUUACCUGGGCAUGGAUUGUUAUGCUGGCGAGGAUUGUCUCUUCCAUCACGGCGAACCAUUGACGGAACAACUGCGCAACAUACUCCUCAAACACAUGGAGACGGCACCCAAAGAAAUACUCGGAGAUUUCAAACGCAUCUCGCGGGAUGCGGCUUUAAAUCAAAUGACGCGACGUCAUGAGCAACUCUGUGAGCAAUAUAACAUGGAGAACAGCUGGACAACGUUGGCCAGCGCGGGCAUCAGUCGGCUCCAGGAGCAGCAACAUGCGGCAGCCAAGCAACAUGCGGCAAAUCAAGCAGCAGCUGCAAUUGCCGCUGUCAAUGCGAAUCUGCAACAGGUGGUGGCAGCAGCAGCGGCAGCAGCAGCAGCAACAGGAGCAGGAACAACAGCAACAGCAACAGUAGCUGGAACAACAGCAAUACCUUCACUACUCGAUAUGGUCAUCAAUCCGCCAACGAAUCUGCAUCAUGGUGAUGUCAACAAGCCCGAAAAGAAGCGCAAAUCACGUUGGGCGGAAAAAUCAGCAGCUAAAAAUGCAACAACAGCAGCAGCAGCAGCAGCAGUUGCUAACAGCAGCACAACAACAGCUGUUGCUAACAUUCCUGCCACUGUUAAACCGUUGCCUGCGCAUUUGGAUCUGGUGAAUCUGACGCAGGUGUUAAGCCUGGAGCAUAUGGCCAAAUUAAAUAAACUGGGCAUUAGCAAUCUGGAGCAAAUGUUGCAAGUACCGUUUGGUCAAUUAACAGAGGUGGGACUGACAUUGCCCGAAAUUGGCGAGAUUCAGCGCAAGGCGGAGGAGGCCAAGUCCAAGCAGGCGGCAGCGGGAGCAGCAGCAACAACAACAACAGCAACAACUACAGCUACAGUCACAGCCUCCACAAUCUCCACAGAAUCCUCCACAGUCAAAUCUUCCUCCAAGUCGGAUCAGGAUGCGAGCAAUGUAAGCGCCAUUGUCAGCUCGAAUAGCAACAGCAAUAGCAACAAUGGUUUCAUUAUGGUCGAUUACACGCAGUAUCUGAAGGAUGCCCAUGUCAGCUUUGCCGGCAAUGAUCCUCUGGACGACGAUCGAGAGGAGGAUGAUGAGCAGCUGGUAAUUGAUGAUGGCAACGAUGAGGAGGACGAUGAAUCCGAAACGGAUGCCAAGGCAAAGAAAUUGAAAAGUGCUGGCGGCGGAAAUGUUGAUGGGAAUGAGGAUGGAAAGGAGGAAGCGAAGAAAGAAGAGGAGACGCCACCAAUGCCAUCGGUAUUUGAUUUGCCCACCUUUAUGAGCAACAUGCUCGGUCAGCAAACAGCAGGAACAAGUGGAACAACAACUGGCACAACAGUUGAAUCCCCAAUGGAACCAGCUUCGGUGGAGGCAAGUCCACAGGGAUUGGGAGCGGCAACGGGAACGGGAACGGGGAGCAAAGGAUUGUCUGGCAAACACAUGGAGCCGGAGGAACGAAGUGCUUUUUAUAGGGACAUCAUACGGAAUGCCUUCAAGGCGCACAGUGGCGAUGCGGAUGAUAGCAACGAUGUCUACAGUUUCAAAUACACCGAUCCACAUAAUUCCAAUUCGAAUUCACGUUCUCGCUCCUUGACACCGACACCAACACCCGAACCAGGCUCCCAAUCGCCCAAUUCUCUAACUGAGGAUCAAGUGACCGGGGGAACAACAUCGGAUGAUGCUUCCCCGUUGUACACACGCAUAUCCAUGUAUGACUUUGAUCCCAGCAAGGCGGCACUGGAGGAUCAGACCAUUAGGGAGGCGAAACGUGAACGGGAUCGUGAUAUCGAUAUGCGUCUGCCCUUUGCGGACAUGAAACAUUAUCUGCCUGCCACGGAAAUUGAUGCAGCCAUCUUUUCGCAUAUUCCACUGCGCUGGCAGCUGCAACAGGUGCUCAUCGAUCCGCCCAGCUAUGCGCAGCUGCGUCUGGGCGCCUCCAGCAAGGAGCAACGGGAACUGCGUGAUCCCAGACUACGCCGUAUACUGGGAUUGCCGGAAUUGACGGAGGAAGCGGGCUUGGGUCUGGGUGCGGGAGCCGGUGCUAGUUUAGCGGGCAGUUCCAGCUCUAUGCAGUCCUCCAUGGGUUUGACGACGGAGCGCAGGGAGCGCAAGACGAGCAACUGCAUCUCAUCGCCGGAUGCACAGCAGCUGUAUGAUUCCACGCCCAGUUCACCACCGCCGGCUGCAGUGCAGCUGCCGGCCAUGAAUGUGCCGCCGCCAACAAAUGAAACGGCAGCGGCAACAGGAGCGGGAGCAGUAGGAGCAGCGGUUGGCGGAGCUGCCACAGAUCCACGGCGCACUGAUCCACGUCGUGAUCCGCGACGCGCGCAUUUAAACAGCCAGCCAAGUGGCAGUUUUCCCGCCUCCGCCGCCAGUGCCGCCACUUCUGCCUCCUCCUCCUCCUCCAGCAGCUCCAAUUUGCUGGACAGCAGCCGGCAAAUCCUCGAGAUACGCAAUCUAAUGCAGAGCUCCAACUGGUACAAGAAUCUGGGCAGCAACAACAAGAUCAUGGUGAAUCAGCAAUUGGCUCUGGUCUUCACCGAACUCAAGAAGUUCCAUCAACAGGAGUCGCCCAACAAAAUCUUUGAUGUCAACUUCAUAGUCAACAAUCAGACGCUGCAACAGAUCUUUGCCAAGCUGCACAUCUAUAUAGAUGAUAAUGGACUGGUGGUGCAGCUGCCAGAGGAGCCGCCACAGAAUGUGGCAGCUGCAGUCGGAGUGGGAGUGGGAGUUGGUGGCGUCUCCAAUUUGCCGCCCAUAUUGCCAAACAUGUCACAGCCACCGCCGAAUUUGGUGCAAUUGCUGCGUCAGCCGCCGCCGCAGGUGGCACGUGGCAUGCCGCCAAUGAAUAUGGCCAUGCCACAUCCGCAUGCAACAUUCAAUCAGCCGCCGCCAGUGCGCAACAACAAUAACAACAACAACAAUAUUAACAAUGGCAACAGCAAUAACAACAUGAACAACAACAACAGCAUUUUGGGCAUGCCACCAAAUGUGGCAAAUGUUAACGUCAUGGGCGUCAUGAGCAAUAAUCCGUUCAAUCCCUUUGCCGGCAAUAACAUGCUCAAUAACAUGGCCAUGAAUAACAUGAACAUGAAUAACAUGGCCAUGAAUAACAUGGGUGGUCCCAUGCCGCCAUUCAAUAACAGCAAUAUGCAGCCAAAUGUUAUGCCCUUUAAGCAUUUCGGUGGCCCUGGCAAUAAUAACAGUGGCGGUGGCGGCGGCAACCAGGGUCGUCAUUUUGCCGGCAAUAAUCGCAAUCGCGGCAGCGGCAAUCGAAAUCGCAAUAACAACAAUUAAAACAACAAAAAAAAGAAAAACGAAAAGAAAUUAUGCUCACACUUUUACCCCAAACCACCCCCAGCCAGACCCCCUCUACAGCCCUUAAGCAGAAAAUGUAUGCUCCCGACGCCCCCUCUUUUUUUCACUCAAAAGACUUGUAGCAUUAUGUUUAUGUUUUAAAGAAAAUGACCCUACCCCAACACCAACAAACACACACACACACACUCUUAUACACACACACUUAUACACACCACUAUACACACUUACAAUAAGAUAAAAACAAAUGUUACUUUCUUUUUUUUAAAUAAUAGCUUUAACGGUUUUUUGCUAUUUGAGCUACUUAAAAAAAUCGGAUUUGGACUGCUAUGUAAUUGUAUAUUAUUCUCUACUAUACAACUAAUUGUUUUUUUUUUUUAAAUAUAUAUAUAUAUAUAUUAUCAAUUGAUAUAUAUAUAUAUAAUAUAUGCAGACAUAUAAUUAUUAAUAUAUAUAUUUUUUUAUUGGUUUAAGUAUUCACCUACGGUACUGAUACAAAAUGUAGUCGUAGUUUGGAACUCAACUUUUAAUUCAUACGGAUAUAAGCUUAGUCGUACUCAAACAUUUGUAGACAUACGAAAAUAAAAAGCAAGUGUUAAGUAUUAUUAAC